GCUCCCUCUUGCGCGCACGGUGAGCAGCAUCAGCAGCAUCAGCAGCAGCAGCAGCAUCGGUGGCUUCAGCGCUUCUCUGACGCAAUCGGAGAUGAGCAUCCCAGUCCCACAGGCUGUCAAGGCAGACUCUCUCCACAUCUCCCCCUCGGACCUUUGCGGUCAAGCUUUCAACAUCAUUCUGUUUGUUUUUAGUCAUUUUCUCCCCUAUCGCUUCGUCGUCUCGUAAUUUGUCUUAAACAUUUGUCAGGGAAGCCCACGGCCAGCUCUUGGCUUGGAAUUUACUUCGGAGGGGAUUUUGUAUCCGCAACUACUGUCAACGAGAGUGAUUGAUUCCUGUCUACACUAACUGGUUCGGGUCUUCUCCCUGUUUGGGACAUCCUUCAGAACAUUCUUGUGCUUCUAAGAUAAGUGGUUCAAAUGAAUGGUUAAAUGGGGGUUUAAAUCGGGCUGUUUUUGACCGGAGAGCAUUUGGAUGACGGACACCGAAAGGCAAUAGCUCCCCCUCUGCAACGCGAAUAUCUGCGCCCAUGGAAUAUUCUCAAAGAGGCACUGUUACAGAGUAGAAUAUUGGUCCCAGUUUGCAGUCAUAAUCUAUACGACGAGUUCUCCACUGCGGGGGCUGCUGCGGCUUUCGUGUCUGCUCUGUUUUGAAAUACGAUUUACUUAACGGGUGGGCGUCUAAGCAUCCCGGACGAGCUCGAAUGUGCGAUGCCCAAACAGUGAGGGUACGGUAGGAUCGCAUUUGGUCACCCUGCACGAUAGCAUGGCUCCAGCCCGGAGGGACUGCAGCGGCUGGGAGAUGUUCCUCCCGACGGGAUGCCUGCUCCUCUCUGUUUUGCUAUUUCACCCUGCCCUGGCCAAGGUGUGUAACGACCGCACCAAGCACGGACAGGACAACAGCUGGUUCGCCAGGGACGGGGAAAACUUGCCCAUUAUGGUUCUUAUGCCCAUGAACGAGUCGGCCCUGAUGAGCAGCAUCAGCCAGGGGAUCGAGCCGGCGGUCCAACUGGCCAUCCAGCACAUACGGGAGUCCAGGAAGUACUCGUUCUCACUCAUCACCAAAAUCUAUGACACCGAGUGUGACAACGCCAAGGGGCUCAGGGCCUUCUUUGAUGCCAUAUGCUACGGUCCCAAACACCUGAUGAUCUUCGGUGGUGUCUGCCCCUCUGUGACCUCCAUCAUCGCAGAGUCCCUGGAGGGCUGGAAUCUGGUGCAGCUGUCCUUUGCAGCAACAACUCCAGUUCUGGCAGACAAGAAAAAGUACCCCAACUUCUUCCGCACCGUCCCAUCAGACAACGCUGUGAACCCGGCGGUCGUGAAGUUUCUCAACUUCUACAACUGGAGCCGUGUGGGAACCCUCACACAGGAUGUGCAGAGGUUCUCAGAGGUGAGGAAUGAUCUAACUAAUGAGCUGGAGAAAGCAGACAUUCAGAUUGCAGACACAGAAAGUUUUUCCAACGAUCCUUGUGUCAAUGUGAAGAAGCUCAAGGACAAUGAUGUUAGAAUCAUCAUCGGCCAGUUCGACGAGAACCUGGCAUCCAAAGUCUUCUGCUGCGCAUAUAAUCUUAACAUGUUUGGCAGUAAAUACCAGUGGAUUAUCCCCGGCUGGUACCAGGGCAACUGGUGGGAGCAGGCCAACAGCACCAACUGCACCACCAAGAAGCUGCUCACAGCCAUGGAGGGAUACAUCAGUGUGGACUUUGAGCCACUCAGCGCUCGCCAGGUCAAGGGCAUCUCUGGCAGGACCCCUAAGGACUAUGAGAGAGAGUACAGCCGAGAGCUUCAGCAGAAAGGCGUGGAGGCCAGCAAGUUUCACGGCUUUGCCUACGAUGGGAUCUGGGUCAUCGCUAAGACCUUGACUCGGGUGAUGGAACUGCUCCGGGAAAAACAACGGCAGAACACCUUCCAUAACUUCACUGUGGAUGACCGCGAAGUGGGGAAAAUGGUGCUCAAUGUCAUGAAUGAGACCAAUUUCUUUGGUGUUACAGGCCAAGUCAUGUUUCGGAAUGGAGAGAGGAUGGGCACAAUAAAAUUUAACCAGUUUCAAGAGGGCCAGGAGGUGAAGGUGGGAGAGUACAACGCAAUUGCUGAUGUCCUGGACCUCAUCAAUAACUCCAUAAGGUUCCACGGUGUAGAGCCUCCCAAAGAUCGUACGUUUGUGCGUCUGCAGCGGCGCCACAUCAACGUACCCCUCUACAGCAUCCUGUCCACCAUCACUAUACUGGGCAUGCUCAUGGGAGGGGCCUUCCUGUUCUUCAACAUUAAGAACCGCAACCACAGACUAAUCAAGAUGUCCAGUCCCUACAUGAACAACCUGAUCAUCCUAGGAGGCAUGCUCUCCUACGCCUCUAUCUUCCUGUUUGGCUUGGAUGGAGGUUUCGUCUCUGACAAAGAGUUUGAGACCCUCUGCACUGUUCGGACAUGGAUCCUCAUUGUUGGAUACACAACAGCUUUUGGUGCCAUGUUUGCCAAGACCUGGAGGGUGCACGCCAUCUUCAAGAAUGUGAAGAUGAAGAAGAAGAUCAUAAAGGACCAGAAGUUGCUGAUCAUCGUUGGUGGGAUGCUGCUAAUUGACUUAUGCAUCCUCAUUUGCUGGCAGAUUGUGGACCCGCUUAAGAGGACGGUGGAAGAGUACAGCUUGGAGGCGGACCCCCAAGGCCGAGACAUAGCCAUCCGUCCCUUCUUGGAGCACUGUGAGAACACCCACAUGACCAUUUGGCUGGGCAUCGUUUACGCCUACAAGGGACUGCUAAUGUUAUUUGGCUGUUUCUUGGCAUGGGAGACCAGGAACGUGAGCAUCCCGGCUCUCAAUGACAGCAAAUACAUUGGGAUGAGUGUUUACAACGUGGGCAUCAUGUGCAUCAUCGGUGCUGCAGUGUCUUUUCUUACAAGGGACCAGCCCAACGUCCAGUUCUGCAUUGUGGCGCUGGUGAUCAUCUUUUGCAGCACCAUCACGCUCUGUCUGGUCUUUGUUCCCAAGUUGAUCACCAUGAGGACCAACCCAGACGCAGCCACCCAGAACCGCAGGUUACAGUUCACCCAGAACCAGAAGAAGGAAGACUCCAAGACCUCCACCUCCGUCACCAGCGUCAACCAGGCCAACACGUCGCGACUGGACGGGCUUCAAACUGAUAACCACCGCCUCCGCAUGAAGAUAACAGAGCUGGACAAAGAGCUGGAAGAAGUGACCAUGCAGCUGCAGGACACCCCAGAGAAAACUCCCUACAUCAAACAGAACCAUUACCCAGAUGCCAACAACAUCCUCAGCAUACGCAACUUCACAGACGGUAAAGACGGGGAGAAGUCGAUACUGAAGAAUCACCUGGAGCAGAAGCCUCAGGCGCAGUGGGGCUCCAUGGAUCCUUCCAGAAUAAACAGAGGUCCCCUCGAGGAUAUAAACUCGCCCGAACACAUACAGCGCCGACUGUCCUUGCAGCUUCCCAUCCUGCACCACGCCUACUUACCUUCCAUAGGAGGGGUUGAUGCCAGCUGCACCAGCCCCAACGGCAGCCCUGGUUCCAGCCCACGGCACAGACACAUGCCCCCCUCCUACCGGGUAAUGGUCUCUGGCCUGUGAGCUUCAUUCACUCCCCCACCUGGCUCUUUGCAGAGGAGACAUGUAUGGUUCUUUUUUUCUACAACGAAUAGACUGAUAUCGUCAGCGUAUGUGCGUAUUUUGUCUCAGAACAAGGAGGACAAGGGGAGAAGAGGGGGACGGGGGCCGAGUAUCACUCUUUGUGCCUCUUCACCCCAGCCUCUCUUGAGAACUGAAACCCUCCGUCAGGAAGGGGUGGGAGGAGACAGAGUGGGCACUGAAUGACUCUUACAAACUCCCAGGAUUCACAGAAAUGUCCCCUUGUUUGUCUGCUCCCCUUGGCCAUGCAAAUACACAUAUGCACAAAAAAAUGUCAAACAAACAAAAACACACUCAAAUACACACACAACCACAUACACACUGACACCCCAAUAGCAGAACAGCGGUGGACCAGCCCUGAGUUGACGUGUAGCCUUAUCUGCUUCAGAGGGGAUUGUCUGUUUCUGUUCCUUAUCUGUUGUAUGAAUGUGCUCACGGCUACGUGUGAGCUUGUCAUCUAACUUGAGCUUCAGUGACUGGAUACCAGUGUGGAGACAUGGAUUUUACAAAACCCAACAAAGGAAAUCAUCCAAUAUUCCCCCGUCCCCUUCCCGAUCUUGUGGAGACAUGUAUAUAUCAUCAUUUCUGACUUUGAUGUACUGUAAGCUUUGUAUAUGCUGUGAAUGGACAAUUAAAGGGGUUCUAAAUGU